AUUCAAUUCAACUUUAAACGCGUUUUUAAAAAGUUGAAAGGUUCAGAAUUUUUUAUUCACGGAAGAAUAUUUUUAUUUAUUUAAUAAUCAUGUCGAAGAAAGGUUUAUCACUUGCUGAAAAACGUAAAAGACUUGAGGCUUUAUUUCAUGAAACGAAAGAAUUUUAUCAACUUAAAGAGCUAGAAAGAGACGCGCCAAAAAUGAAAGGAAUCGUUACAAAUACUGUUAAAGACGUGCUUCAAAGUUUAGUAGAUGAUAAUCUUGUAAACACGGACAAGAUUGGUACAUCCAAUUAUUAUUGGUCUUUUCCUAGUAGCGCUCUUCAAUCGCGUAAAGCUAGAAUCGAAGAGCUUAUGCUAGAGCUCCAAAAAUUGAAAGAAAAAAAUGCCGAAUUACAAUCUAACAUUGAUGUAGCAUAUGACGGGCGUGAGAAUUCGGACGAUCGAGCCACGUUAUUGAAAAAGGUAGCAGAACUAGAAGCAAUUAACAAAAAACAUCAGGAAAAUUUGGCACUUUUUCGAGAAUGUGAUCCGGCACUUUUAGAGGCCAAGGAAAAUCACGCUAAUCUUGCAUUGGAGUGCGGUAAUCGUUGGACAGAAAAUAUCUUUCUAAUCCAAUCCUACUGUUUCAAAAAGUUCAAUAUUGAACGUGCCGAUUUCAACCAACAAUUUGGAAUUCCCGAGGAAUUCGAUACAUUGUAAUAAUUUGAAGUCGGACUGAAUACUGAAUACCCAGUGUAUCAUCCUUUAUGAUAUUAUACAUCCAUUUGUCUUGUAAAUUUAAAUAUAUCAUUACUUAUCAUUACUGUUACAUAAUGUGGUAAAUU